UAAACUCAUCUCCUCUGUCGUCGUUGACAUCAUUUUCUAGACUUGAAGCAGAUCGAUGGAGCAGAUGGAUGUAAAAAGGGACUCUCCGGUUGGAUCCGUGGAACUUGCAACAACUGAAACAAAGAAGAGUGACAACGUUGAUAAAGGUUCGUCUUCUAAGAAUGAGAUGCAGCAGAUUCUGAGAGUAAAGUUGGACGACUUCAAAAAGCAAAUAAAAAUGCUAGAACGCAUGAUCCCCAAAAUAGGUGAUUCUAGUAGAAAGAAUGCUCUCCAACUUUAUCUGGAUGAUAUGAAACCAACCGUGGAGAAUGCAGAAGCUCUCCUCGGCAAAUUUAAGUUUGAAGAAAAAGACUUCUCUAGAAUAGUGGAAUCUAUAAAGGUUGCCAAGUCUGAAGUUCUUGAUCGUCUUUCCUUUGAGAAGAAGAUGAUACAACAAGAUAAGAGGAAGAAAUGA